CGCCCUCCCUCCCGCCCUCCGCCCUAUUUGUUUCCCCGCGGUCUCCCCUCGUGGCGCAGUCCUCACUGGCAGCGAGACGACAGCCUCCUCAUCCUCCUGCUGCUGCCACUUGCACCAGCCUACAACAGCAGCAACAACAACAACACCAGCAGCAUCUUCCCGUCGGUGUGGCCGACUCCGAGUCGUGUACGAGCCGUGAUGGAGCAUUCGAGGGACAAGGCCCGGGACCAGAUGCAGCUGUGGAAGGACGCGCGCAAGGGCGCGCCCCCUGAUGUCCUGACGACGGGCGCGGGGAACCCCAUUUCGGACAAGCUGAAUGUUCAGACGGCGGGCCCUCGUGGGCCUCUGCUGGUGCAGGACACCGUGUUCACGGACGAGAUGGCGCACUUUGACCGCGAACGCAUUCCCGAGCGCGUGGUGCACGCCAAGGGUGCAGGUGCAUUUGGCUUCUUUGAGGUAACGCAUGAUAUCACCAACUUCUGCAAGGCCAAGGUGUUUGAGCACGUUGGCAAGCGCACACCCAUAGCUGUGCGCUUCUCCACCGUCGGUGGGGAGUCUGGCUCUGCGGAUACCGUGCGGGAUCCACGCGGGUUUCCUGUGAAGUUCUACACGGAGGACGGGAACUGGGACCUCGUUGGGAACAACGUGCCAAUCUUUUUCAUCCGCGACCCGAUACUGUUCCCAUCUUUCAUCCACACCCAGAAGAGGAACCCCCAGACCCACCUGAAGGACCCAGACAUGUUCUGGGACUUCUUCUCUCUCCGCCCCGAGUCCCUGCACCACAUGUGCAUCCUGUUCAGCGACCGCGGGAUCCCCGACGGCUACAGACACAUGAACGGCUACGGCUCCCACACCUUCAAGAUGGUGAAUGCUGCCGGUGAGGCCGUCUACUGCAAGUUCCACUACAAGACUGACCAAGGAAUCCGUAACAUACCGGUGGAGGUGGCCGAGCGGUUGUCUGGUACUGACCCCGACUACAGCAUCCGUGAUCUCUACCGGGCGAUCGCCGAUGGCAACUUCCCCACGUGGACGCUCUAUGUGCAGAUCAUGACCUUUGCGCAGGCCGAGGUCCAUCGCUGGAACCCAUUUGACCUCACCAAGGUGUGGCCGCACGGGGAGUUCCCCCUGAUCCCGGUGGGUCGCCUGGAGCUCAACCGCAACCCCACCGACUACUUUGCUGAAGUCGAGCAGAUUGCAUUUGACCCGUCCAACAUGCCUCCGGGCAUCGAGCCCAGCCCAGACAAGAUGCUGCAGGGAAGGCUGUUCUCAUACCCGGAUACGCACCGGCACCGUCUGGGUGCCAACUACCUGCACCUGCCGGUGAACUGCCCGUUCCGUGCCCGCGUCCGAAACUACCAGCGUGACGGUCCCAUGUGCAUGUUCGACAACCAGGCCGGUGCACCCAACUACUACCCAAACAGCUUCAGCGCUCCUGAGCAACAACCACACCUGCACGAGCAUAAAUUCGCCGUCAGUGCCGAUGUGCAACGCUACAACUCUGCCGACGACGACAACUACUCGCAGGUGAACACGUUUUAUGGCUCCGUGCUGAGCGAGGUUGAACGCACGCGCCUCGUGCAGAACAUCGCUGGCAAUCUCAAGGAGGCUCAGAAGUUCAUCCAGGAGCGCAUGGUGAAGCAGCUGACCCUGGCACAUUCGGAGCUGGGCGCCCGCGUCAAGGCCCUGCUGAACCAGCACAACGCUCGCUCCUCCUCGAAUGCGGUGCACACGUACACCCAGCACGGCUCUGAUGAGAAGGCCAACCUGUGAGCGGUCUGCACUUCCUGGUACCCCGCAAGGCCCCACCAGGGCCUCCGCUCGGGCCAAGGUGACCACAGGAAGUAGCUCUUGGCACAUAAACAAAUCGUACCAAUCGAGCUUUCAAGUUGUGACUGAGAUUUACUUUUCUCAAAUCAAUUUCGAUUGAUGUGGCCUUCAAACUAUUUUUUUGGCCAGAAUGUAGAUUCCAUAUCGCUUCCGUCCACAUGAGGAGAGCUAGGAAGAGUUGCUGUAGAUUUUUGCUAUGAUUACUGUGAUGAGGAAAAGACUGACUCGUGAAGAAUCAUAAAAACCUCGGCCUUCAAGGCCUCGUGCUGCCACUGCAUGUUCUUAGCCUAGGAAAGGGCAGCUUUGUUCAUUACCAGUUUGACAAAGAGAUGCCACAUGCAUAAUCUAAAUUUGCACUGCAAUGCAGAGUUAGAAUUGAACUUAUCUUUUGAGGUGGCAUGAGAAUAAAAAUUUCACGUGAAAUUUGUCCAUAGCCUGUUCUUGAUGUGUUUCUCAUUAACAAUAACACCAAAGGGCAACACAUGUCAGACGGCAGCCUCGACUAGAGGGUACUGCAUGUUGCUGCCAUCCUUCCAAUAUGCCUUUCAUGUAUGAUCAUGUUAACAAACUAAUUGUGUGCAUUAUGAUAACCGAUUUUGAUGGUCAUCUGUUUGUACUUUAAAAAAACAAUUAAACUGAUUUAUGAAACUGCA